AUGACAAAUAAUCUAAGUAACAAAAGAUCUAUUUCUAAUAUUUUAAACCCAGAAGAUGCACAAAGCGUUACCAAGAAGCAAAAUGGUUUAAAGACAAACCAAGUAGAUUCUAUGGUAAAUGGUAUUUCUGGUGAUGAUGAAUUCAUGGACGAUAUCGAGGAUUCAUGUGUCGUUGUAGAAUAUCUAAACGAGAACAUGCCUAUAUCUGAAAAUAAUGAAAAUUACAUCAAAUGGCAAAAUACAAUUUCAAAUGUUGUCAAAUCGGUUGUCUCAAUCCAUUUUUCUCAAGUUACUCCAUUUGACUCAGAAUCAGCUCUAGUAUCUGAAGCAACUGGGUUUGUUGUUGAUGCAAAAUUAGGUAUCAUAUUGACUAAUAGACAUGUUGUUGGACCAGGUCCAUUUGUUGGUUAUGCUGUGUUUGAUAACCAUGAAGAAUGUGAUGUGAUCCCAAUCUAUAGAGAUCCCGUACAUGAUUUUGGUUUUUUGAAAUUCGAUCCUCAACAAAUAAAAUAUAUGGAUAUUCAAGCAUUAAAAUUAAAGCCAACAUUAGCAAAAGUAGGCUCUGAGAUUAGAGUGGUUGGUAAUGAUGCUGGGGAAAAGUUAAGUAUUCUUGCGGGUUUUAUCAGUAGAUUGGAUAGAAAUGCACCAGAUUAUGGUGAGCUAACAUACAAUGAUUUUAAUACAGAAUAUAUCCAGGCUGCCGCUUCUGCAUCAGGUGGUUCUAGUGGUUCUCCGGUGGUUAAUAUUGACGGUUACGCUGUUGCUUUACAGGCAGGUGGUUCUACAGAAGCUUCUACUGAUUUCUUUUUGCCUUUAGAUAGAAUUUUAAGAGCAUUAAAAUGCGUUCAAAAUAAGCAAGCUAUCACACGUGGUAGUAUACAAGUACAAUGGCUAUUGAAACCGUAUGAUGAGUGUAAAAGAUUAGGCUUAACUCCUGAACGUGAAAGUGAGGCACGUAGAUUAUUUCCUGGUAAAAUUGGCCUAUUAGUGGCGGAAACUAUUUUGAAGAAGGGUCCUGCUGAUGAAAAAAUAAAAGAGGGUGAUAUCCUUAUAUCUAUUAAUAAUACUCAUAUUUCUUCUUUUAUUGAAGUUGAUGAUAUCUUUGAUUCUAAUGUUGGAAAUACAUUGGAAAUUGUAUUACAGCGUGGUGGUAAAGACCAUACAAUUAAUUGUAAAGUUGGCGAUCUGCACGAUAUUACACCAGCAAAAUAUGUUGAAGUUUGUGGUGCAACUUUUAAUGAGCUAUCAUAUCAAAUGGCAAGAUUUUAUGGUAUUAAAGCAGAAGGUGUAUUUCUAAGUAGCCCUUCGACUUCUUUUAAUUUUGAUAAUAAUGAUCGUCUGGGAUGGAUUAUUGAUACUGUUGAUAACAGAAAUACUCCAAAUAUAGCUACCUUUAUUGAAGUAAUGAAGACUAUUCCAGAUAAGCAGCGGAUUACAAUUAAAUAUCAUCAUCUAACAGAUCAACAUACUCAACAUGUCAAAUCUAUAUGUGUUGAUCGCCAUUGGUGUAGCGAAUUUAGAUUGUAUGAACGUAAUGAUGAAACUGGAAUUUGGGAUUAUACAAAUAUUGCAGAUCCAAUUCCUCCAGAACCACUUAAACCCCAUUCAGCAAAAUUCAUUGGCAUUGCCCUCGAUAACAGUGAUAUUAGUAAGCUAUCACAUUCAUUAUGUAUGGUUACAACUACUUCAUCUAUUCCUCUUGAUUCAGUUUCUGCUGAAACUUUAACUACAUCUGGUCUAAUUGUCGAUGCUGAACAUGGCUUUGUGUUAGCAUCUCGUAGAGUUAUUCCUCAUGAUUGCUUGGAUAUCUAUGUUACAUUUGCUGACUCCGUGAUCAUUCCUGCCAAUAUCGAAUUUUUACAUCCAACUCAAAAUUAUGCCAUUCUUAAAUAUGACACUUCACUAAUCAAGGCUGACAUAAUUACUCCAAAAUUAAGUACAAAGAGAAUGUGCAGAGGUGAUAAGCCACAUUUUAUCGGAUUUACUCAUAAUAAUCGUCUAGUUACUUCGCCCACAACUGUUACUGAUAUUUCAUCUGUAAGUAUUCCAAGUAAUUUAAUUCCUAGAUACAGAGCCACAAAUCUGGAAGCAAUCUCAAUUGACUGUAAUGUUAGUACCAAAUGUAAUUCUGGUAUUUUAACUGAUUCGGAUGGAACAAUAAGAGCAUUAUGGUUAUCAUUCCUUGGCGAAAGACAAGAAAAUAAAGAAAAAGUCUAUUUGAUGGGUUUAGAUAUAGUUGAUUGUAUUGAAAUCAUUGAAUUGUUGAAGAAGGAUAUUAAACCAAAAGUAAGUAUUGUUGAUGCUGAAUUUGGGUCUAUUUCUAUUUUAAAUGCCAGAAUUAGAGGUGUUCCUGAAGAAUGGAUUUCUAGAAUGGAAAAGCAAUCCAACAAUAGAUUGCAAUUUAUUACCGUUACAAGAAUAUCAUUUUCGACUAAUAAAAUAAAUUUAAAAACUGGUGAUGUGAUUUUAGCUGUUAAUGAUAAAUUAGUUACUGAAUUGAGUCAAAUGAACGGUGUAGUUAGAGAUAAGUUAAAUUUGACUUCCUUACCUCCGUUAUGCUUUAAAGUUGUGCGUGACGGGAAAGUAAUUGAUUUAAAUAUUGAAACUGUUGAAGUUACAGAUACAAAUCAUAUUGGUAUAUUUUCAGGUUGUAUUUUACAAGCCCCACAUCAUGCAGUAAGACAAUCCAUGAUUAACAUUCCAAGUGAAGUAUAUUGUACUUUUAGAGGUGAAUCUUCUCCUGCUCUUCAAUAUGGUAUUCAAACAACAAAUUUUAUUACACAUGUAAAUGAUAUUGAAACCCCAAACUUAGAGAUAUUUUUAGAUGUUGUUAGGAAAAUCCCAAAUAAUAGUUAUUGUAACGUCAGAUUAAUGACAUUUGACAAUGUUCCAUUUGCUAUUUCAUUGAAGACUAAUUAUCAUUAUUUCCCAACCGCCGAAUUGAAGAAAGACUUAAAUUCAGGCAAAUGGACCGUUCACGAGAUUACUAAAACGAAUGAAAAAAAUAAGCCCACUUAA